CAACGAUUUUGCUACCAACUGCCAUCAUGAGCUUGCUCGACUACGUGUUCGGCACUGUCCACGCCGAGGAGGAGCCCGAGGCAGAGGAGCCCGAGGCAGAGGAGGAAGAGGAGGAGGAAGAGGAGGAGCUUGAGGACCCCGUGGAUGCUGUGCGUGAGGGCUGUGCCUCGCACUGCACCAAGUACAAGGCUGAGCUUGAGAAGUGCGAGGCCCGCGUGUCAAGCCGAAGCAACACAGAAGAGACCUGCGUUCAGGAACUGUUUGAUUUCCUCCACUGUGUCGAUCACUGCGUGUCCCAGAAGCUUUUCAAGCAGCUCAAGUAAACAAUCCUACUUUUUUUGCCUUUGACUCGGAGCUGCAGGCCCAUUCGUGUGCCAGGCUUGGUCUCGAGGCCAGACAUGCACAUGUUCUCUCCUUCCCACAUCUCUGCUAACCUAAACAAGACUCAUUUGCACCACCAAUUCUACCCUUGGGUAGAGGCUCGCGUGGCCUCACCCGCUUUCCAUUAGCUCUUUUCCCGAUCAUUACUUUUUUUGCUCAUCCCCUCUGCUUUCUCCUCCCCCUCUUUUUUCUUUUCUUUUUCUUUCCCAAAUUUGACCUUUGGA